AUGUUUGAGGAGAUGUCUGGGAUAGAGAGAGACGAGGACUUCAGGUUCCUGCAUGGUCUGCUGAAGGACCGGAGACUUCACCUGCUCCUGAAGGUUCACGAGCGUCUGAGGCUGUUUGAGGACAGGAGGCCGGUUCCUGUCCAGGCCGACACACAGGCUCUGCUCUGCGACCUGCUGGAGAAGCUGCAGGCCUCUGAGGACCCAGACACCACAGAGCUGCUCAGACUACUGUCCAGACCACACGUCAAGGCUCUGCUGUCCGUCCUGGAAACCGUGUCCCAGAAGGACUACGCCCCCAGGCUGCCCCCCCUGCCGGCCUGCUCAGGGGAGGAGGAAGACUCAGUCAAGAUCGUCAGCCUGGUGAAGAGCCAGGAGCCCCUGGGAGCCACCAUCAGGAGGAGCGAUUCCACUGGGGCCAUAGUGGUGGCCAGGAUCAUGAGAGGGGGGGCAGCUGAUAAGAGUGGCCUCAUUCAUGAGGGGGAUGAACUUAGAGAAGUGAAUGGGAUCUCACUGGAAGACAAGCAGCCAGAGGAGGUCGUCCCCAUUCUGGCCCAGUCUCAGGGGGCAGUGACCUUUAAGGUGAUCCCUGGCUCCCAGGAAGGACUGUCAGCCAAUGAGAACAAGGUGUUUGUCAGGUGUCUGUUUGACUACGAACCUCUGGGCGACCCUGCCAUCCCUUGCAGGGAGGCGGGGCUAGCCUUCAAGAAGGGCGACAUCCUGGAGAUCCUCAGCCAGCAGGACGACAACUGGUGGCAAGCCCGUCGUCAUGCCAACGGCAAUAGCCGGGCGGGGCUAAUCCCCUCCCGACAGCUGCAGCAGAGGAGGGUAGCUCUCCAGCGUCCUCUGGCCCUGUUCCAGCCCCACAGACUCCACACACACUCAGGUCCUGAGGGUCAUAGGGGAAAGGUCAAGGUGGAGGUCACAGCACUGGCCAAGGGUCAUGUGUGCCUGUCAAGGCGAGUCCAGCUCCCAGGGGAGGAGGAUGCUGACUAUAGAGCCAUAACUGGGAUCCAUAUUGCUGGUCUGCGGAGGAGCUUCCGGCUGAGCAGGAAAGCUGGUCAGAGCCAAGCCGGGAGGACCAGCCGCGACCCAGGGACCCAGACCAAGGAUGCCCAGGAUGCCCAGGACACCCAGGCCCAGACCCCCACAUACUUGGAGGUGGUUCCCUACCUCAAGGCCCCCCACGACCCACAUCGCCUGGUGCUGCUUGUGGGUCCCAGUGGUGUAGGAGUCAGCGAGCUGAAGAGGAGGAUUCUGAUCUCUGACCCUGAACGCUACAGCGUCACCGUGCCUCACACCACCAGAAAGAGGAGAAGCCAGGAGAGAGAUGGAGUGGACUAUCACUUUGUCUCCAGAGAGACCUUCGAGAAGGCCAUUCUGGACCACAGGUUUAUAGAGUAUGGGCAGCAUAAGGGGAACUACUAUGGACUGAGUGUGUCAUCGGUCCACCAGGUCCUGGUGAUGGGUAAGGUGUGUCUGCUGGACGUACAGCCACAGACCAUCCUCAGGUUGUACACGGCAGAGCAGAAACCGUUUGUGGUGUUUGUGAAGCCGCCGGCCCUGGAAGAGCUUCGUCUCACCAGGAGGAGAGCUAAGCUGCUGUCAGACCUGGACACACCCAGGACCUUCUCAGAGGAGGACUUCCAGGACAUGAUUGGCUCAGCCGUCACCAUGGAAACCCAGUACGGCCACUUGUUCGAGAAGGUGGUAGUCAACGGCGACGUCGCCAUGGCGUUUACCGAGCUGAGGGUGGAGCUGGGAAAGAUGGGGAAGGAGAACCAGUGGAUCCCCGUCGGGUGGAACCGCACCUGAUCGCCUGAAGCAGCAGAGGUGGUUCAGAAACCCUGGUACUGUAGCCUGGUGACGGGACUAACUACAAAGUUAUUUAGUCAGUUAGCUACCUUGUUAGUUAGCUAGUUAGCUACCUAGUUAAUUCGUCAGUUAGCUAAUUAUUUAGCUUGUUAGUUAGUUACUCAUCUAGUCAGUUAGCUAGUCAGUUAGCUAACUAGUUAGUUAGCAACAAAGCUAGUUAGUUAUCUGGUAGGUUAGGCCUUCUCUCUGCCAAGGCCCUGUUCCCAGUGUGUUAUGGUCCUGACAGCUGCUGGGUUUGGCCAAGCUGUGACAAGGGAAAACUGAUGAAUCAUGUUCAGCCUCAGACACUGUCCUGGGAUUAUUGAAAAUGUAUCCCAU